UUACAUUGGUUUUAUAUUCUCCUUAGGUAAAGAAAAUAAGAUGCUGUUUCAUUUUCGUGGAUAUCUUGCUGGAUUAUCAGUGUUGCGUGGUCACACGGAAAGUCCAGAAGUAUUAUCAUGCUUACAUAGAUGUAAAGAAGGUUUAGAAGUUCCUCCUUCAAAUAUGUUAGAACCAGGAAUGGAGUUGUUGAGCAAUUCAGAACUUACAGAAGUUAUUAUUGAAGGAAAUAAAAAAUCAAAUUUAGAAGACUUGAUGGCCCAAAUUGGUUAUGUCAAUUCUCGAGAAUUUCCUACUCCUGGUAGACGUAGUCUUCACGUCUCAACUUCUAUAUCCUGUAAAAAUGGUAAAUCUCUAAAAAUACCACAGUCUGAAUCAUACAUAAUGGUAUUACAACCUGAACUUCCCAGUAUUACUAUAAAUGGAACACCAAAUCUUGCACGUGAAUAUGAAGCUUUUAAACAAGGAAUAGAAUUAUUUGCUUCAGUAUCUAUUUUAAUUAGCCAAGAUCAUGAAGAUGAAAUAUUUCAUCAUAGUUCUGAACAAGCCAUGUCAGCUGAUCAUAAAUUAGAUUCUUGCAGUGUUCAAAUUUAUCCACCACUGAAUCCUGAUCAUGAAUAUUUUAAGCUACCAGAACAUUUGAUGAAUCAUUUAAGGAUACAUCAUAAGGAGAGUAAAGAUGGCCUUGUGAUAUAUGGAGCUGAUACAUUGCGCAACUAUGAAUUAGUUCUUCAACAAACUUUAUACUUUAAUCGCAAACCAGCCUAUUAUCUGAAUCGUGGUUUCAAACUGGUUUGUUCUGAGCUGAAUGGACGAUUUGUUAGCAAUGAAUAUUUGCAAACUUUGACUGUAAUUCAUCCUCGAUCAGAACCUAGUCACAGUUCCGACUCGAAACAGUCACAGGCUCAUGCACAAGUUCAUCAGCAUAGAGUUGAACAAAGCGAUGCCAAAAUUAGGCCGGCAAACUAUCUAGAAACCAAUUUAGACGGAGGGAAAAUAAUUGCAAAGACUUCCGCAAGUCAUGCCGUGGCAAUUAUCAUCGUUGUGUGUGUGGGAUUUCUGGUGUUCAUGAUCGUCUUAGGCGUAAUUCGUAUCCGAGCCGCUCAUCGGCGUACGCGAGAAACUAGAGACGACGAUCAAGAAAUGGCAUGGGACGAUUCCUCGUUGACUAUUACAGUAAAUCCAAUGGAUCAGAUUGAACAGCAGAAUACAAAGUCGGCUCCGCGGGAAGAUAACGACGAUAGCGACAGCUCCGACGACGGAAGCAGUUAUCACGAUGAAGACGAAAGUUCGGAGGAGGAAGAAAACGAGAAAGUAAAAAGCAAGGAGUUAGAAUGGGAUAAUUCUGUACUUAAUUUCUAAGUAUCUACCUAUGUUUCGUUUUCUGCUUGUAAUAUUUAAGAGCACCUCUAUAAAAAAAAAAACAAAACAAAACAAAAAAAAAAGAAAUUGCACUUUCCUUGCACCAUCGAGACCUAAAGAGGACGUACUCAUUUCAUAGAAAUUUAUCAUACAUCUUUGCACAAAAAAACUCACCUUUUUCGUAAUUGGAUACAUAUUUUUUCCAAAUUUUUGAUCAUCUUUGACGCCAUACUUCUACUUAUUCCAACAUUGGGCUUUUGAUCCAGUGCAACAAUAAACAACAACACGCGACAGAAUUCCCUUUGCAUUUAUUAACGUAAAUUUUUUAUGUUUGUUUGUUUGCCACAAAAAAGGGAAAUUCGUUGACGUCGAACAAUCCAUAUCACCGGGCAGUUAUAUUGUGUUUCCAGAGCAGCAUCGAAUACAUACUUUGACUCGCCGACGAUUUGGUCGCACUAAAUCGCACGAAUGCUUCAGAAUGUUCUAAAAACACAUAUCUGAAACACACACGAUCCAUUCAACAACACCUUUUGCAUAAAUGUAGUAUCCUGUGAUAUCCCAGUAUGUAGUAUUAGAAUACUUUUUCUCGUGCCGUAUUUAAAUAAUGGAUGUAAUAAUAGUAAUGCAUGUACUUAAGAAGUAGGAUUGUGCACCAUGUUGAAAUUAUUUUGUACAGAUAUCGACGUGACAAGAAAAAAAAAAACUUUUUUGAGUGCCAUUUGUAUUUUGGUGCACAAUGUGACAAACACACGGGCUUCGUUCCCGGGAAUUUUGGCUAAUUCUCUCUCUCUUUCUCUCUCUCUCUCUCUCUCGCAAUUCCCCUUCGUCCCGUGUGCCAUUCGGUUCUUAAUUUCCUCGUAGAUUUUUACGGUAGAGAACCAGCCGAAAUUUUCUGGAAUUUGCAGAUAAUAAAACAAUAAAUAAAUAAAAUAAAAACACCGACCAAUUUAUAACUGAAUUUCACACGAACUUCUUAAUCGCCGCCAGUUUUGAAGGGGGAAAAAUUUAAAUGUUCGAGUUUAUAUUUAAAAAAAGAAGAAAACAUUUCAAUAUUACGUAUCGAAUCGAACAGAUUUGGAAAUCUAUAUUAAAUUGUUUCACUGUAAAAAAAAAUAUUUAUAAACUUUAUAUAGAAUUAGCUUAAAAUUGAAUGUUGUUUCUUUUUAGAGUAGUUAAUACUUAGAGGUUGGGAACCAAGAGUUGAAGUUCCGAAUCUUGGGAAAGGAAUUAAUUUUUUUUUUUUUUAAGUCACAUAAUCUUAAAUUUCGUCCCCGUUUUAUAUACAAAAAAAUAAGAAAAUUGUGUGUAUCAAGUAUUAUUAUUAAAGAGAAAAUAACAUAUUUUGGUACACGUACAACUCCGUAUCGAUUGCCCAUUGCGUAAGUUAAUGUUUUAAUAAUAACGACGUCUACCUAUUACUAGCGGGUGUUCUAACCGUGCUUACGAUCUUCCUUCGACGCUGACCUUGAACAAAUGUUACGCGCUACUUGUUCUGGUGUGUGUACACACAAGUUCAAUGUCAACGUUUAAUUCGUUUUUUUUUUUAUUAUUAUUUAAGAUAUUAUUUAACUUUGAUCGAUAUUAACACUUUUCAUAAUUUCAAAAACAAUGCAAUAACACGCCUAAAUCCUAUAUAAAAUUAAGAAAAUUAUUAUUAUUAUUAUUAUAACGAUUUUAAUGUAUAUCGUGGCAAAACAUGAGUGCAUCUAUGGGGGUAUUUUUCUGAUAAAACUUUAAAAAAAAUCGAUAUAUAUAGGCCUAUAUAUAUAUAUAUAUAGUAUAUAUUUUUAUAAUGACAUUCUGUAAUGGAUGGGAUUGAGUCAUUUAUUAUUUAAUUUUGUUAAGGCUCGAGAUUUAUGUACUGUACUUGUGUACUUAUUAUUAUUUCUUUGAUAGAAUGCAAGUAAUUAAAAUCUGAAGAUUUUUGCGAAAUUGCAUUUCAACACACACACACACA